CUGACUAUCCCACCUGUCUAAAGGCAGACCCCACUAUCCAAUGGCAUGGGUCAAGUUCUUCAGGAAGCCGGGGGGCAAUCUGGGGAAAUCGUACCAGCCUGGGAGCAUGCUGUCUUUGGCCCCGACCAAAGGACUGCUGAACGAGCCGGGCCAGAACAGCUGCUUCCUCAACAGUGCUGUGCAGGUACUUUGGCAGCUGGACAUCUUCAGACGCAGCUUGAGGCAGCUACCCGGGCACUUCUGUCUGGGAGAGUCAUGCAUCUUUUGUGCAUUAAAGGGUAUUUUCUCCCAGUUCCAGCACAGUCGGGAGCGAGCCCUGCCCUCUGACAACCUGCGUCAUGCCUUGGCAGAGACCUUUAAGGACGAGCAGCGCUUCCAGCUGGGCUUCAUGGACGAUGCCGCAGAGUGCUUUGAAAACAUACUGGAGAGGAUCCACCUGCACAUUGUGCCGGAGGAGACAGAUGCCUGCACUUCAAAGUCUUGUAUCACGCAUCAGAAGUUUGCUAUGUCACUUUAUGAACAGUCUGUGUGCCGGAGCUGUGGGGCAUCAUCCGACCCACUGCCGUUCACAGAGCUGGUGCAUUAUGUCUCCACCACCGCACUCUGUCAACAGAUGCUCCAUCGCAAAUACGAGUCAUUUGGGGAACUGUUACAAACAGCAAGUACGAUAGGAGACCUUCGGAACUGUCCAAGCAACUGUGGGCAAAAGAUUAGGAUCAGACGGGUCCUCAUGAACUCCCCUGAGAUAGUUACCAUCGGCUUCGUCUGGGACUCUGACCAGUCAGACCUCACGGAGGAUGUCAUCCGAUCGCUGGGGCCUCAUCUCAGUCUUUCUGCGCUCUUCUACAGGGUGACAGAUGAGCAUGCCAAAAAGGGAGAGCUGCAGCUCGUGGGAAUGAUCUGCUACUCCAGCCGCCACUACUGUGCCUUCGCCUUCCACACCAAAUCCUCCAAAUGGGUCUUCUUUGAUGACGCCACAGUGAAAGAGCUCAGCUCCAGGUGGAAAGAUGUGGUCAGCAAGUGUAUCAAAGAUCACUUCCAACCUCUCCUCCUCUUUUACUCCAACCCCGACGGCAGCGCUAUCACCGCAGAUGAAGCCUCAAGGCAAAAUAGCAACCACUCUCACUACAAGGCCCCCGGCAAUGGAGAAGUGCAAGCCAUCGACUCACCAGUUUCAGCACCUAAGAAACUGGACCUCACCAGGGAAAACCUGAACUCUCUGUUCAAUGUAGGCUCGUUCAAACAGAAGUCUUCGACCUUGAGCAGGGGCAGCGCUCAGACCAGUGGAGGACGGGGACCAGCGAAAAUUGCCACCGACGAUCCCAAGAGUCGCCUCAGGGAUAUUUCUCGAGAAGUUGCCCAGAAAGUAGGAGAGGUGCGUGGGAUGCAUUCAGCCAGAAGAGAGCCCGACAGAAGCGUUCCACGGAGGCCGGAGACACGCUACAGAGAUCCAGGUCAGGACAGGACCUACUCCCGCUCUGUCUCCCCUCCAGAGAAUGGCUUCAAACAACAUGUGGAGACUCGACUGUACAGCAGCCAAGGAAAAGGUCCCACUCGGACUGAGCGAACACCCUACCUUGGUGGACGAUCCUCGCAUGAGCCUCCUCGCUCUCAGUCGAGGGUCCAAGUCUUGCCCAGAGCGCCCAGUAACAGCAGUGGUCAUCAUAGCCGGAGAUUAGACCACAUCUCCAAUGGAUAUGAUACAGACAGCAGCCAAGACUCCCGAGGGCGUUCUGGAAGUGGGGGGAACAGCCGCAGUAGGUCCAGCCGCCCGUGGAAGCCGAUGCGAGAGGCGCUAAAUGUGGACAGUGUUUUAAGAGGGAGUAGUGGUGAUAAUUUUGUAAAUCAAGAGCAAAGGCAUCACAGCCCACGGAGAAGACCUAAUAGUCAGUCGCCCUCCCGUGACAGAGAGCAAGACAGAGAUUUUACGUGGGGAGGCAGAGAGGAACGAAAACCCAAGAGCCUGAUGACCAUCUACGAGGAUGAGCAGAGGCAGGAAAUUGGCAGCAGCCGGAGCUCGCUGGACUCAGAUAGCCGGGGCGGCUACAGUGACAAGGACAGAUCAAAGGGCUCAGCAACCCUAAAAGUACGGAAUGACAACUGGAAGAUCCAGCGAACUGAAUCUGGAUAUGAAAGUAGCGACAGACUAAGCAAUGGCUCAGGAAAUCUUGACUCACCUGUGGUAGAGAAUCUUUCUUCCAAGGACCUGCGGCCGAUACCUGAGCUGCAUCUGACAAGGGACCCACAGAGAAGAAAUGAUGAUUUGAAGGCUGACAUACUGUACUCCACAUUUUCCAUUGGUGAACAAGGAAGAACAUCUCCAGAUCUACAAGAAACAAACACCCUCUCUGGUCAGCGAAUACAAAGAAGAAGCGCCUUCCGAUACACCCCCGGGAUCUUGGAAGCGAACAAUGGUCUAGACAGCGAACAAGAGGAAAAUGUGGACGGUAGCCCUGUGAGCCCCGUGCCCCCUUACUUAGCAAAGACCAGCAGUUCUGAGUGGAACAGCUCGGACGACCUUGCUGGACCUUUCUCUGAACAAGAAGACACUGGCACUGUCGGCCACAAUUUCUCGCACAACUAUCUACCACCUUUACCUCCUAAGACCUUUGGCAGCAGUCACGUUGACCCAUCUGGCAUCUGCUCCCAACCACCGGAGGUGCCAACACGGUCAAGCCCCCGCAACGAACUCAAAAAUGGCUUGUUGCCCCUUUCACACACCACCCUUCGUCGGUGGAUUGAGACACCUGCCGAGCAUAGACUGUCAUCAGAUGCCAGCUCCAAGUCAGGGUCAUCAGACCAGGACAGGAAUGAUCUGUCGGCCAGCGAGAGCGAUGAGAGGUUACCCAGUCCAAAGCCCAGACACGAUGACCGUACAGACUCUCCUAGUCUGACAGCUCUUCCUACCACAUACUUUUCUGUGGAUAACUGUAUGACGGACACUUACCGGGCCAAAUACCACAAGAAGCCUGCCACUUACAUGAAAGCAGAGGACCAUACGUCAUCAGGAGAGAGUGAUGUCGAUGGAAGAGGGCUCCCUUUGCCAGAUGUUCAGCCACCCGAGCCUUCCAAAAGCAGAUCAGAAUCAGGAUAUUCUACAACUAAAACUACUGCGAAGUGGAACCCAGUUACUCCAAAAGGACUUGAUGAGCAUGGCUUCCUAUGAUUUUAGCAAAAGCAUCAAUAGACUUUGUAUGAUCCAGUGGCUGGAUGCCAAAAAGUAAUUGUUAUGCACUAUGACUGCUACACAGUGACUCCUCCUAACUGGGAUGUGAAUUUAUGUACUCGUCAGAAAGUUGGACAUGAAAUCGAAUGCCAAAGAGAUUGUAAAAAGAAUGGCAGGUGCCCGUAAUAGCUGUCUUGAUGUUUUGGUAUGAACUACUAAAAAGCUUUGAAUGAAAAAAUGAAUUUGCACAGUAGAGAGAAGGUACAAAGAAAGAAACUUGCAUUUGCUGUUGACCAUGUUUGGACUUCUAGAGCUGAAAAGCAAAGGGUUGGGUUAAUAAAGAAUGUUUCACAAAAAAAAAGAAGCCACUUUACCAUACAAGAGAUUAUUUUACAUGUCUUGCAGUUCUACUUUCUCUUACUCAGUGGAAUGCUUUUGUUUGUUUGUUUUAACUACUCCCAUUUCAGUGUUAUGAGGUGUCUGCCCCAAUUCUAUCUCUUCUUGACAUGAUACACCAACCCUUUCAGUGGGUUUUAAUGGUUCUAGUAAUAUUCAGACCAUAGGUUCUUUUGUACAUUUUUUAAACAUAUUGGGCACAGCUUAAAAAUGGAUCCCAAGGAUCCGUGUGAAUAUGAAACUCCGGGCACCCACAUUGGUUUUUGGCUGAUUAAAAACAGAUUCUUGUUGGUACAUGAGGUUUAUUGACAUAACCCAAUAACGUGUGCAGUUCUUGAUCUUUCUGUCCUUAUGUCCUUUCGCCAAAAUUCAGAGAAAAAUAUCUCUGACCACCAGUGUAGGUGUCCGGGGGCUAUAAGGUAAUGGGUUCAAUUGAUUGCUUAUUAUUGGUUGUAACAUAUGUGGCACAUAAAAUCGAGGCACGUUCUUAUCUCCUCACAUGCACACCUGCGCACAAUCCAUCGUCCUUACAUACUUGCUGUUUUUUACGUCUUUACACUGUAUUUCUGGUUGAUUCAUUUUCUUUUCACACUCCUUACAGUUAUAAACUUUAUUUUUUUUGUCUUUAAUCAAUUCUUCAGUUUUCUGUUCUGUUUUUUUUUUUUAAUAGCCCCUCAAUAAGCAGCAAAUCUGCACUAGUAGGACUUUUAGAGUUAGACUGGGCUUGCUUUUUUUUUUGAAGCGGGUUAUUAUUAAUAACAUGUUGUAAAUCUAGUAGAGGACCAUUUUUUGGUUCAAAAUGUUUUCUAUAUGCAGCAGACUCUAAUGCACAGUGCCUUUUGUAUUUUUCUAUGCCAUGACGAGGAUAAAUUGGAGCCAUGAUUUGUACAAUUCUUUGAUCUUAUUUUUAUUGAUUAACAAUUAUUGAAUAAACAACUUUAUUUAACCAUA